AAGACCUGUCACUUUUACUCAAAGUCAUUUUAUGUGUAUGCACGCCAAGUCGACUGAGGUACUUGGAUAUUCGAUGACAUGACAUCAUCGUUGGUGGUUUGGACUCUGCUCGGCCCUGCCUUUGCGCACAUUGGGCUUGCAUCUGGAAAAGCGACGAACACGAGUGCGACGACUUGGAACGCGUCUUCGCGUGUAAAUCUGUCUUCUGCUCUUGCUUGCGCGUCCUCGAUAUCGGACUGGCUCAGCUCGAGUUCGAGCUGGUCUAUCUAUCACAACUCUACCUCUGUCUCUGAGGAAACACAAACACAACCUGGAUGGUCUACUGAAGUGGUGCCGAUUUAUUAUGCGACAUCUGUGACCACGCUAUGUGAUGGCUAUCCUCGCGUUGUCGGGUCCGCGCAAUCGACGCAUAAGACGACAGUUCUAGGCACACCUGGCGUGUCUUCGACGACAAGAUACAACGUUACCGAGUACUCUUACAAUGUACCUCCAUACAGUGUCUCAACAGCUCCAUGUACGAUACAGCAGCCUGAUUGUCAGGCUUUGUAUGACUUGAACAACACCCUCGUCCAAUCUCAAGGCACGCCGAUCUGCAGUUUUUCGAGCACAUCAACGUCGUCAAAGUCUUUCCCUACAGGGCCUAAAGGAUAUGCAUGCUCCUACUGUAACAUCGUCGCGAGUACAGCACGACUACUCUACUGGCCUGUACGAACACUAGAUGGAAAUGGAGAUCUCUGCAACAGCACUGCGCAAACACAAGGACUUCCAAGGACUGGGGAUGGACCCAACACAUUCGUUGCUGAUGGCGUUACUAUAACAUCGCCGAGUGUAGGUGUCUCUUUGAUGGGUGUCUCGCGUGCAGAUGGCUGCGGAGUCACUGUCGCGAGCACGGUUGUAGCUCUGCAUGCUACAGAUCUUGUUUCCAUCCGUGGCGCAAGGGCUUUGUUCAGCUACUAUCCUUUCCGGUUCCAGGAUUUGAAUUACAAAUGCCGAUCGCGGGAUAAUACAACUACAUGGAUACAAGAUUAUCCUGGAGAUGGCUGUUAUCAGGAAGUACCUGCUGAGGCAUACUUUUCGGGUGAAUCGGCUUUUGUCUGGCAUGAGUAUUAUCCUACGGCGUAUGAUACUGCACUCACCAUUGGACCGGACUAUCGACCUUAUAUCCUUCCUCCCUCGUCGAUGACGGAAUGGGCAAAUGAGGUCUACAGCACAGAUUGUUAUAUCCAAGUAGAUGGCGUCUGGGAUCCACCUUAUGCUUUAGUACAGGCUACGACCAUCGUCUCGCCCACUCUAGCCUGGCAGACCGCUGCGAAAACUUCCAAGUCUGUCGAUUCGCAGGCUUUACCGGCUCAGACUGUUCCUACAAUGAUGGUGCCAACGUCUGAUGCAACAACUGGGUCAAGAACGACCUUUAAGCCCUCCAAUGUGGCAACCUCGCGAGAUUCGGACCGCACUGAAGUCGCCGGGCCAGGAACACCAUCUACUGAAUCCAGCCUACCCACAGCAGAGUCUCUAGAAAACACCUCUGCUCCCUCUACAUCAGAACAUGAUCCCGACAAUUUGUCCUCUCACCCCACAGCCACAAGCUCAAGAACCACACCACCAAAUCCAACUUUCAAAGAUACCACUACCACAACAGCAACAACUCCAGAUGCCAUCUCAUCGUCAAUCACAAUCCCAGGUAUCAAUCUAUCAUCAACAGACUCUGUGCAAAACCCUCAAUCUGAGACAACAACGGCGAGUCAAGGUUCUCAGACAACGACCAAAUCGUUACAAUCUUCUCUGAUUGUGCAAACUGCAACGAGUGGUGAUGAUCCCUGUAUUCUUUUGUCAAGUCGAGGGAUUGGUUUCAUGUCAGUGAUGCAGCUUUUUUUUAUACAUGUUGGGCUAUUUUUGAUAUGAGGUGGUAAAGAACCCAUUUUUUUUUAAUUCGUUUUGGUUUACAAAAAAAAAGGGAUUCUUUUCUUCUGCUGUUUUUUUUUACUCUUUUUUAGAAACUUGGUUCUUUGCUUUUAAUUUUUUUAAUUAAGUAUACUUGACUCUCCCAAG